AUGCGGGCCGUGCUCUCGUCUCAGCCUAUAAAGAGCGUCUUGGCCAGGGGCCCGCUCGCCGCCUCUUCCUCUGCUCUUGCCUGUUCCUCCCGCCGCAACCUCACCUCCACCGUAUACCGUACACAAGCAUUCCGUCCCACCAUGCCAGCUGCUGAUUCCGACGCUGCCGCCUUCGGCGAGACCCACAUCACCAAGGGCAUCGGUCGCCUUUCCAAACACGUCUUCGAGGAUGGCAAGGGCACCUGGAUCACCACCGACAAGGGUGUCAAGCUGCUCGACAUGACCGCCGGCAUCGGCGUCUGCAACCUGGGCCACUGCCAUCCCAAGGUCACCGAGGCUGCUGCCAAGCAGUGCGGCAAGAUCACCCACGCUCAGGUCAACAUCGGCUUCUCAGCAACGCAGAUUGAGCUCAUCAGGAACCUCCUCCCCAUCCUGCCACACCCUUCGCUCGACACCCUCUUCUUCUGGAACUCGGGCGCCGAGGCCGUCGAAGCUGCCGUCAAGCUCGCUCGUGCUGCGACCAAGAAGCAGAACAUCAUCGUCAUGCAGGGCUCGUACCACGGUCGCACUGCUGCCACCGCCGCUUUGACACGUUCCAAGACCAUUUACGGUGAAGGCCAUGGUCCCCUCAUGCCAGGCGUCUUUGCUACCUCUUUCCCCUUCUACGCGCACUUUGGCCUGCCCGUCGAAACAGACGUGGAAGAGCUGGUGAGGCAGUCGCUCCACCAAGUGCGCCUGACACUUCAGCAGCAGACGGCUCCCUCGGACACCGCUGCCAUUCUCAUCGAGCCCGUCAUCGGCGAAGGCGGCUACGUGCCCGCUCCUGCCUCCUUCCUGCACGGCUUGAGGGAAAUCUGCGACGAGAACAACCUCUUGCUCAUCUGUGACGAGGUGCAGUCUGGCUUCGGCCGAACAGGCACCAUGUUCGCCGUCGAGGAGUCGGGCGUGCGUCCCGACGUUCUCAUCUUUGCCAAGGGCAUCGCCAACGGCUUCCCACUCUCGGGCAUUGCUUCCACCAACGAGCUCAUGUCGCGUCAGAAGCCAGGCUCGAUGGGCGGCACCUACGCCGGAAACGCCGUCUCGUGCGCCGCCGCCUCUGCAGUCAUCCAGGCCUUCAAUGACGAGAACAUCCUCGACAAUGUCGCCAAACGAUCCGACCAGCUUGUCUCGUUUCUCACCUCGCUCAAAAACGACUCGAAGUACGGUCACCUGAUCGAGGACAUCCGUGGACGGGGCCUGAUGAUCGGCGUUCAAUUCGCUAACACCCCCACGAAUGCAGCCAGCCAAAACACAUCGGCGGCAGCAGCGAGCGGAAAGAAGGUGGAACAGAUCGCACCAAAGGUGGUAGCAGAGUGCUUGAAGCGCGACAUGCUGCUGCUGAGCACGUCGGUGUUUGACGUGCUCAGGUUCAUCCCGCCACUCAACAUCAGCGAGGACGAGCUGAGCCAGGCGUGCGCCAUCUUCAAGGACGCUUUUGAGGCGGCGGUGAAGGAGCUUGGUCAUUGA